CUCAGUGUCGCCUCUGACUCUGCUGUGAAACACACACGCUGAAGGACUACUCUUCUGUAAUCUCCAAUACAGUUGUAUUUCUUUUCCUGUAAAGCUAAACUCCCCGACUAAAGGAUUACUCUUCAAGAAGUGGCAAGCUCUUAGUUUUGAAUAUUUUUCUGCUCCUGCAAAGUUACAAACGACUGUCAGCGUUCCUCAGAAAACCCACGAUGAUCAGAGCGCAGAUGGAUCUAAACUGCGUCAUGUCUCUCCUGGUGCUGUGCGCCAUCAAUAAGCUGCUGGUGGUGGCGAGCUCUGAAGAUGAUUACCCGGAGCAUCUGAACCAUCGGGGCGAACAUCACUCCACGCGGAACCAAAUCGCCAAGGCCCAGCACGAAUGUUUCCAGAGGAUUGUGAAAGAAUCGCACCGCAAACCGAAAACAAUCGGGCCGGUGUGCAACAUGACGUGGGACGGGUGGCUGUGCUGGGAUGAAUCUGAAGCCGGACCAACAGAGCAGAGCUGUCCGGACUACUUUAAAGACUUUGAUCCUCAUGCCGUGGCAUCCAAAGUGUGCGCAGAGACAGGCGAGUGGGGACGCCACCCCGAGAGCAACAGGACGUGGACAAACUUCACAAACUGCCAAGCCAACACGACGCAUCACGGGACAGCGGCAAUGACUCACUUCUACUUGGUCAUGAUUGGUCACGGCCUGUCGCUGGUGUCGUUGCUCAUAUCAUUAGGGAUAUUCUUCCACUUUAAGAGCCUGAGCUGCCAGAGGAUAACGCUGCACAAGAACCUCUUCUUCUCAUUCGUGCUGAACUCCAUCAUCACUGUCGUCUGGCUAACAACAGUGGUGAAGAAACAGGGACACACGUACAACGAUUCUGCAAGCUGCAAGCUGCUCAUGUUCAUCCACCUGUAUCUGUUGAGCUGUAACUACUUCUGGAUGCUCUGCGAGGGCAUCUACCUGCACACGCUGAUCGUUGUGGCAGUGUUUGCAGAAAAACAAUAUCUCAUGUGGUAUUAUCUGCUGGGCUGGGGUUUUCCACUGGUGCCAGCGGUGAUACAUUCAAUAGCUCGCCACUGCUACUACAACGACAAAUGUUGGGUCAGCUCAGAUACUUCCUUGCUGUACAUUAUCCACGGCCCCAUCUGCGCCGCAUUGGUGGUGAAUCUGUUCUUCCUGCUGAACAUCGUUCGGGUUCUCAUCACCAAGCUGAGAGUGACGCACCAGGCCGAGUCCAGCCUGUACAUGAGGGCCGUGAGAGCCACCCUCAUCCUCAUCCCUCUGCUCGGCAUCCAGUUUGUCCUGCUCCCCUACAAGCCCCAGGAUCACUGGGUCGUUGAGAUCUACUUGUACGUCAUGGAAAUCCUCAUGCACUACCAGGGUCUCUUGGUUUCUACAAUAUUCUGCUUCUUCAACGGGGAGGUGCAGACCGUCCUGCGGAGAAACUGGAACCAGCAGCGGAUGCAGUUCGCCGGCACAUUCGCAAACGCCGACUUCUUCCGCUCAGCCUCCUAUGUGGCGUCGUCGCUCACGGAGGUUCACCGCUGCUACAGCAUCGAAAGCCACACCGAGCACAUGAACGGCAAGAGCUACUCAGACAUAUUCAGAUCGGAAAGCCCUUUCGUGUGAAGGUGGUACGUCAGGUUCACUGUUUCUUUGACUUCUCCCACGAUGUUUCCAAGAUUUACGUCCUCUUGGAGUUUUACUACUGUUCAUGGAAACAAACGUGCGUCUUCUUGGACGCUUCUUCCAUCUCCCAGCCAAAGAAAACUCACAUAUCUUUCACUUUUUCUCACAAAUAGACGAAGCGUGAGACUGAAGACACUGUUUUUCAUCCUUCUUCGACAUAAGGAAGUCCCCAUGAAUCACUGUAAAGCAUUAACUUAAAGAAUUAAAGCUUUUUUGCAUCAUGUGGAAUAAACUUGAAGAGCCAUCGAAGCUGUGCAAAAGAAAGGCAAACAAGGUGGAAAGGCACAUUUAUGCCUUUCAGGAAGUAAAAGAACAAAGCACCAUGAUUUCUGGUGUCAGUACUUUACAGAACUACACGUGUACAAUUAAAAGAGAAGUACAAACACACGACAAAUAGAAGAAAUAAACAGCUAGCUUGCUUUUUAAUUAACGGCUCAGAAUAUAAUGCGAGGAGAGUUUUCUAUUUAUGUAUUAUGUACUUUUAGCUAAGUUAAAAACAAAUAAUGAGGUUCACAAAGAAAUGUUGUUAUUUAACAUUUUCUCAUCACGUCUUCGAUAGCUACACGUUAAGUUAGGCUCACUGUUUUCCUCGCUUCAUAUCUGAUUAUUCCAAAAUGCUGGAGAGACCGUGAGUCACAUGUGUUGUACAUAUAUUUGUGUAUGAAUAUGACAUAUCAAGGCACAAAAUAUGAAGCCUUUAGUGUACUUUGUAUAUUUCCCCAGUCAUCUAGGAACUCUUGUAUAUUACUUAUGUUAGACUGCAGCUGGUUUAUUAAUACUAUAAAGUUUUUUAAAAAGAUGAUUUGACGAGGAACUGACUCACUGAUAAGAUAAAGUCCGUCGCCUCAAGUGAAAGAUAAGAGGAAACUUUCCUGACGAGUGAAGAGCUGCUGGUUUCGGCCUUCCAAAACAGGAAAUACACUUGUUUCUGUUUGUUCAAUAUGAACAGGGUUAGCUUAGCUUAGCAUAAAGACUGGGAACAGGGGGAAACUGCUAGCCUGGCCGCAAGCAUUACUUCUCCACAUCUUUUUAACUAUUCCUUUUGCAGCAAUAAACCUUUUAUUAAAACUUGCUAAAAUGCUUAGAAAUAUUCUUUUCUCUUUUGGAAUCACAGAAUAUUUCUGUCAUUCAUAAUAAUGUGUACUAUAACAAUUUACAAGACAGUCAUUUCUGCUUUUUAGUAAAGGAAACUCUUUUUUUAAUACACAGUAAAAUCAAUAAUAAUAGUGUUUUGUAUUGCUAUUAACAUGGGCUGCAUUGGAAAAGAAAAACAUAUAUUUCUAUACUAAAAUGGUCUAAACUCAAGGUUCACUUACUGGCUUCCUGUGGAGCUUUCAACCGUAUUCUACUGCCUUCCUCAGCAUAUGUAACUUGCUCAGGUGUUAUUAAGUGAUGUAAAAGGGGUGUUAUAUGGGGCAAGGGUGAACUUCAGUCUGACUAUAGUUCUAUUCGCUGAAGAAGUCCAUGGGACACAAUCAAAAGCCCUGCAAAAAAUCUAGUAAGUGAACCUUGAGUGUAGAAUAUUUUAUAAAUAAAUACAUCUGUGUUUUCCCAUGUUGGAGGUGUUACGCAAGAUCAUUUUAGUCACAGUCUGAAUCUCAUUUUUUGUAACAUAGCUUGUUCAUACUGAAGUAAUAAUGUUGUAAAUAAAAACAAGCUGUUUCAAACUGAGAUUCAGAAGAAGAAGAAAAA